CGUCAUGAGAAAACCUCACUCACGCCGCUAGCGACCUCGCUGUGCGACGCGCUCAGAGGAAGGCAGACCCACGGAUCCAACUCAUCACAAUGGCUUCUCAAAGCGACGAAAAUGCCAUAGACGCGCAUUCCCGCAGCGCACUCACCACCGCAAAGCGCAAUCUGCGCUACAUCUACGACCCAUCAACAGCCACCACAGCGCCUACACGUCGUCGCACACGCGCAAUCCUACGACUCCUGCGCUCAUCUCUCAUCUUCGCCUUCUGGCGCAUUGUUCGCUAUGCCAAGUAUGUUGCUAUUGGUUCCCUUGUGGCUACGAUCGGCGCAGGCGCGCUGGGCACCGUGUUCAGCGGCGCAGGGUUUGUGCUUGCGCCGACAGGCAUUGCCGGCACCAUUAUCGCUGCGUCAGUCUGGGGCGUAGGGAAGUUUGCGGUGAAGCGGCUGAAGAAGAGAUGGGAUGGAGGUCACGGGUAUGGCGAGAUUGAAGAGGCAAGAGAGGAAAGGAUGAGCGGUGUGAUGCGUAUGGAGAGGGGUCCGGACGCUGUGCCUUGGUGAUUGCGGGGCGUGACAUGUACCGCAUUAGUCUCAAAGUCGAACCUGAUUACCGCGCGCAGUAUCAUAACUGCCAUAGAGAGAUGGGCUCUGACGGGAAAGCACUGCUUGAAGUCACGUGAAGAGAGCGCGCAAUGGAAGCUGGUCUACAGCGAACGCAUCGAAGCACCACGAUUCGCAAUUAUAUGACAAACGAUCCGUAACAAGGCCAACAUGAAGAAGAACUGUCCAGCUUUCAUGUUACGCCGAGCUCCAACGUCCCUAUGCGUCACCAAACUCCUAACUUCGAAGGGGUUCCUGCGCAUCUGUCAGCUGCCAUCGAAAUCACGUAGCACUUGGAAGGGACACACCAAAUCGAAAAUGUCGACUCGUUCGGAACUGCUGGUUGUGCACAUAGCCCAUCCUUUGACCCCAGAAACCGAAGACCGUACCAUUGCG